AUUGUUCAAUAGAGGGAGUUUGGUGCCCGGCCUAGCAGACGAACCCGAUCGCACGGAGCCAAUAUCUCUCUGCGCUUGUCUCCCUGGACGCCAACAUGACGAUGCGGCGGUGGCUUGUGUUUCUCCUGGCGGCGGCCAUGCAGGCAACUUACGCCAACAGUUCCGAUGAUCAGGAAGCAACGCUCUGCUCCAGCCUGAAGGGCACGUGCGUCGGGGAAGGAGACAAAUGCUCCGUGAAGCUGGAGGGCACCAAGGACUGUGGGAAGGGCUGGUGCUGCCUCGACCAAGUAGGGACGGAUGGAACAUUCGGUGCUAACCCGGCUUGUGUCGAAAAGGUAAAAUGUUGGAAGAAGGGAGGAACGUGCAAGGACGCGUGUUCUUCGGACGAAGAGGUGAUUGUGAAUGGUUGUAAAGGAAAAGACUGCUACUGCUGCGCGCCAGCCAAAGAAUGUAGAGCCAAGGAUGAAUGCAUCGAUGCCCACGGCGAAUGCAGAAAAAAAUGUUCCGCGGGAGAAGAGGAGCUGCACGGCGCCUGCAAGGGCUCCGGCUGCAAGUGCUGCGUCGAGGCUGAACACGCUGUUGCCGCCGAGGGCUGCGACAUUCAAGCCACGUGCCAGCACGGGCGAGGGCAGUGCCGGGAGUGGUGCCUGCACGGGGAGGUGCAGGCCGACGAGAAGUGUGGCCCCAACUGCGUCUGUUGCCUGCCCUUGUCCGAAGUGUGCCAGGAACACCCCGCCUGUAACAACGGAGAGGGACAGUGUCGGGACGCGUGUCUGGUCGGGGAGACAGAGAAGAGUGGCGGGUGUGGCUCAAGCUGCAAGUGCUGCGUGACUCUGCCCAACGAAUGCGUGGAUGUGGAACACUGUGUCCGGGCAGGCGGUUCGGUCAAGAGCCGGUGCUCGGUAGACGAGAAAGAGGUGGCGGGAGGCUGCUCUGGCAGGUUCUGCUGCUGCGCCCCAGUCGAUGAGUGCCAAGCAAAGGAAGGCUGUGACGGUGGCCGCGGUCUCUGCCGGUCUACCUGCCUGGCCGGUGAAAAGCACAUACAUGGUCUUUGUGGCUCGUAUUGCAAGUGCUGUGUUGCCCGGGUGAACGAAUUCGAAGAGGUCAAAAGGUGCGUGCAUGCGGGCGGGUCGAUCAAGGCCGAGUGCACCGCCAACGAGAGGGAGGUGGCUGGAGGCUGCUCAGGACGACACUUCUGCUGCUGUGCGCUGAAGGACGAGUGUAACGCCAAGGGAACAUGCAAGGACGGCCGGGGCACCUGCAGGGCCGCGUGCAAGGCCCACGAGGAGAAGAUCGGCCGGUGCGGUGCGCACUGUGCGUGUUGCCUGGCCGUGCCGGAAACAUGCACACCUAAGAAGGUAUGUGCGGCUGCUGGAGGGGUGUGCACCACCCAGUGUCUCCACGGCAAGGAGCUGCAACACGGCUGCAAGGGACACAAGUGCAAGUGCUGUGUCACCAACGGUGGCGAGUCUCUUUGCCAAGCCCAGCUGGCAUGUGAUGGAGGACUCGGACAUUGUAGGGAUGCGUGUAACAGCUGGGAAGACGAAGUUUCAGGGAAAUGCGGUUCACACUGCCAAUGUUGUGUGACCAGGAUUGAAGUUCUUCUCGACUUGGAGAAAUGCAAAGAGGAUGGAGGCUCUUUCAAGUCUGUGUGCACCAGUGCUGAGAAGGAAGUGGGCAGAGGGUGCUCGUCGCAACACUACUGCUGCUGUGCCCCAAUUGACGUUUGCCACAUCCACCCAAAGUGUGACAGCGGCCAUGGCCAGUGUCGGACAUCGUGCGAGGCGUGGGAAGACGAGAAACACGGAUGCAGUCCUCACUGCAAGUGUUGUGUGGCUAAAAAUAAAGUUUUGACAGAGCUGGAACAAUGUGAAAAGGAGGGAGGAGUGUUCAAGGCCGCGUGCUCCAAGGACGAGAAGGAGGUGGCUCGUGGCUGUUCGUACUCCAAGUACUGUUGCUGCGCCCCUCGUGACAUCUGCCAAGCCCAACCGUCCUGUGAUAACGGCAAGGGCAGCUGCCGGUCUGCGUGCACCAGCCUGGAGGAGGAGGUUUUGGGCGGCUGUGGGGCACACUGCAAGUGCUGCGUUGCCCUUACCGGUGUAAUCACAGUGAAGGAGCUCGAGGCGUGCUCACGGAACGGCGGCUCCUUCAAGGCCAAGUGCACCAAGGACGAGAAGGAGGUGGCAGGAAGCUGCCUGGCACAAAAGUUAUGUUGCUGCGCGCCAAUAGACGAGUGUCAAGCUCAGCCGACGUGCGCAGAUGGCCGUGGGCACUGUCGGAGCUGGUGUAAGGAGUGGGAGAAAGAGAGCGGCCACUGUGGCCUACACUGCACAUGCUGUGUGGCUGCCACGGGAGCAAUUAUGGAAUUAGACCAAUGCGUCUCGGAGGGCGGGGCAGUAAAAGCAAAGUGCAGCGACGCCGAUAAACCAGUAGCAUGGGGCUGCCUGUCAUCGAGUCAGUAUUGCUGCUGCGCCCCAAAAGACGUUUGUCAGGCUCAUUCGCUCUGUGCCGAUGGGGAAGGACUGUGCCGCGAGACGUGCGAAGGCGGAGAGGAAAUAAGUUCCUCCUCUAGUUGUGGCCAGAGCUGUCACUGUUGUGUGCUCUCCUCCUCUGACGUAAGCUCCGACGACAUCUAUCACUGCCUUGAUGUCAAAGGAUCCUUGAAGACCAAGUGCAGCGACUCUGAGAGAGCGGUUGGAGAAUGCUCAUCCACAUCCAAACACUGUUGCUGCGUUCCGAACGACGUUUGCCAAGCUCAAGGGGAAUGCAGUGACGGGCGAGGGUCCUGUCGGGUGACGUGCCACUCAUCAGAGCAGGAGGCUCACGGCGGCUGCAGCAGCGAGUGCAAAUGUUGCAUUCCAGUUGACAAAAUUAAUACGGUAAAAGACUGCUUACAUGCUGGAGGCAUCGUUAAGAAACAAUGCUCCGGCUUCGAAACAGUAUUUGGCACCGGAUGCUCCCUUGUGGCGAACCUUUGCUGCUGCAAACCAAAGGAGGUGUGUGAAGCGCUUUCUCCGUGUGCACAUGGGAAAGGCUACUGCCGGGAACACUGCGAGAGCCAUGAAAAGGAGGGCCACGGAGAGUGCGGCCACACAUGCAAGUGCUGCGUGUCCAAAAUUGACGUGUCCGAGGUACAGGAAUGCCUUAAUGCAGGCGGGUCGUAUAAAAAUGAGUGUGCACAAUUCGAAGAAGAAGUGGCCGGAGGAUGUGACACCAAAGCCAAACUUUGCUGUUGCGCGCCCGUUUGCAGAGCAGAUCCUGUUUGUGACCCCGAUAAGGGGUUCUGCAGGGAAGAGUGUUUCGACUAUGAAGAGGAGGAGGCAGGUUCUGACUGCGGAGACGCCUGCACUUGUUGUGUACCAAAAAUCGACAUUCCCGAUGUGAAGGAGUGUUUAAAACGUGGCGGAACAUUCAGGACAGCGUGCAUUGCAGACGUAGAAAAGGAAGUGGGCCCCGGCUGCGGUGACACGGGCUGUUGUUGCGACUAUAUAGACCAGUGCAGUCCGUUGGCAGUACCCACGGGAUGCGACGCCUGUCGUCUCACAUGCGAAACGGGUGAGGAUGAGCAGGCUGUUCCCUGCUCAUCUGAGUGCAAAUGCUGCCAGGAAACGAGAUGAGCAAUGAGCCGCCGACUAACCAAUCAGCCAGCGGUGAUGAGUCUCCUUUCAUCUGUUCAGAGACUCUUGGCAACAUUAAAACAAUCUCCAAUCUUUUCUCUUUACAGUUUAAACAAGCAUGAUUUUAUUUUCUUACUGGUGGUGGAUAUCUUCAGUUCUUUCACAUGACAUAUUUUUUUGCGCUUGAUAUAAUAUUGUCACAUAUGUUUCAGUGUGCCGUUUGCAUCUGUUGAACCAAUGAGGAGCCAUAGCAAUUUCCACAGAUCUGUCUUUUUGUAUUAUCACUAAUUUUCUUCACCAUAUGAGAAAGAACAGAACACCAUGGAUGUGUAAAACUUGAUCGCGCUAGUUAGUCAUAUUUAGCACUUUCUGUAUGAGGUGCAGCAUGGCUGCGAGGGUAUAAGUGUUAUCCUUCGGUGUAUGGAUACAGGUGAGAUCUAAUGUUUUUAUAGGAAAAAGUGCAUCUUGUACACCAAAUGAUACAGCUAUACUUCAUUAUCUGCCCAACUCGAAUACUGGCAAAAUCAUACUAAAUAACCAACUUGCGGAUCUCCAUACAAGUCAUAAUGUUACACUCAUUUCUUUCACCAUCUCAGUUCAUCGAACAAGCUUUUCUCAAGCAACUUAUCUCAACUGUACAUUACAAUUUCUGUCACAUUCCCGCGUGAAUAAGUCUUUGUAAAAGUGUAUUAUUCUCUAAUCCUUCCAAGGUAACAUGUAUAGGUCUCAGAAUUCAUUUUACUGAGCCUUUAGUUUUCACAGUUUAUCUAAUUAUAUCCUACAUUAAUAUAAUGAAGUGAUGCCUGUACUAAGUUUUAAUGUGAUUAGCGCUGUCCCUUCAGCCAGUCAGCCAAUAACAGCAGCUACGCUAGCACAAAAUCAGAGCAUCAUGAUGAAGCAGACUACAAGCAGAUAUCAGGUGCUGCUACUUACGUGAUACAGUUGAUAGUUUUCAAUAUGAAUAUUGUAUGUGGCGUGAGACUGCCUCUAUACAUGUUAUUGCAUGACACCUUCAUCUUGAGGAGAAUGCCACAUGUAAGGUACUGUUGAAGAAGCGUAUAGAGGAGAUGCACCUACUCGAGACAUGCUAGCAAUACUUUCUUUGAUUAGUUCAGAAAUUUUUUGGCAACAAAGCAGUUCUUCCCUGCAGAACACUAAUAUUAUUUCAUGUGGUUUUAUUUACUACUCAAUAAAGACUGAUUGAUGACUAA